AUGCCUGAAUAUUAUUUACAAGCAAACCCUCAACAAAUUGACCGCUACGUAGAUUGGGUUGCGCGACGAAUAACACGAACAAUUCGAUAUGUUUUUAUUCUCUGGGUUCAAUUUAACGAGGGAAAACUUUGCAUUGAAUAUGCAAAGGAGAGACGAGAUCGCCUGCAUGUCAAAACAUUAUGCUUUCACACAAUUGAGACUUGUACAUCCCAGACUAUACAAGGGUGGGCUGAUUCGCUUACCUCGCGGGCAUACAGAGGGUCUAAGAUUGGGAAAAGCAUAAAGGUUUUCUUGAACCCAUUCUCCGGCAAGGGGUUUGCCGUGAAGGGUUACUAUGAAUAUGCCGAUCCUCUCUUUACCGCAGCGCAUUGUCGUGUGGAAGUUCAAACAACAAAAUAUUCUGGUCAUGCGCAAGAGUUGGUCAGGGAGGACCCGGAUAUUAAUUCUUGGGAUGUCAUCGCCUGCUGUUCUGGGGACGGCCUCCCUCACGAGGUUCUCAAUGGUCUAGCACAACGGGAAGAUGCUGGACAGAUAUUGAGAAAUAUUCCCGUUAUUCAGCUGCCUGGUGGCUCGGGAAACGCAAUGUGUGUCAGUCUCUUCGAGACCACCAGCAUUUCCCACGCUGCGCUAUAUACGAUCAAGGGUGUUCCGCAUUCAAUUGAUCUCAUGUCAGUUACACAAGGAGACAAAAGGCGGAUCUCGUUUCUAUCGCAAAACUUCGGGUAUCUGGCUGAGUGCGAUCUUCAGACUGAGCAUAUGCGGCACUUGGGGGGUGCGCGUUUCCUGGUUGGAUUCUUACAACGAAUUUUCAACCCUCCAGUGUACGGAUGUGAUAUAGCAAUUCAUAAGGAUUCAAAUGGUGAUCGGAAUUAUGAAAUGGGAAACGAGCCCAAGGACUCAAUGAUCUCCAAUGAAUCUACCAAUCAAGCCCUGCCUUGCCUCCGCUUCGGUACAGAUUCUGAUGAGAUUCCCAAUGGCUGGACACUUGAGCGCCAUGCAAAUUCGGCGAUUAUUUUUGCUGGUCAGCUUCCAUUCGUAGAUGCUACCUCAAAGGUUUUUCCUUCCGCGAAGCUUGACGAUGGAAUGGUGGACAUGAUACUGGUAGACGCGGGCAUCGGCAGCCUCAAGUUCCUUAAGAUUUUGCUAGAAAUUUCGAAGGGAACCCAUGUACGAAUGCGUGAGGUCCAUUACCGAAAGGUGGCAGCAUACCGAGUCUCUCCUAUGCGGACAGAUGGCUCACUAAGUGUGGAUGGAGAGAUGUUUCCGUUUGCACCCUUUCAAGUCGAAGUGCAUCAACAGCUAGGCAUGACUCUUUUACCCCCAGAGUCCAUUAAGUAUUCAUCAUAA